CGCCACGUCAACCUUAAUUGAGCUUGAUUUCAUCUGUAACCAACCAACUGUCAACGAGCUUCAAGUGCAGGCCAUUUGAACCGCCGGGUCAGACCGUUCUUGCCUAUUUCCCUUCUUUAUUCAUAUCUUGAUUUGUAUUUCCUGUACAUUCUUGUCUACCAAUUGCCCUCGUAUCUCAUAAUGGCUCCCAAAAAGGACGGCCAAUCGGCCAAGGCGACUGGCGCGCCUGAAGGCUUCACGCCAGAACGGUUUGAAAAGGAACUCAAGGAACUUGCGACCAAGGCCAAGGAAGAUACUUUUGCGAAGCGGUUCAUGGGUCAAGCGCUUGUUUACUUACAGACUCUUUUGCUUCUCGGUUUGUUAGGUGUCGCGUCGAGCGCGUCGCAGCUCAACCUGUCCCCUAUCUUUGGGUCCAUCCCUUCUGCUGUCACGCACACAACUGCGCUCAAGGCGGCUUGCUUUAUCGGUUGGGCCGGCAAUUUGAUGCUCCGCAUGGUUCUUCCUAUGUCGACUUCUCAGCUUCUCCCAGUCAUCGCCCUUAAUAUCCCGGCUAUCCAGUUUCUUCUCGGGACCUUCACUGACCGUCUUGGCUCUUGGUGGGGUCCUCUCAUUAUCGAGGGUUUCACCUUGUUCCCCCUGGCCAUCGUUUCGGCAGCCUCCGUGGCCGAUGUUCUUGAGGACGCUGACCUGAGCGCACUGCCCAAAUUCGUCGCAGAUGCGGCGCCUGGCAUUGUCUCGUGGGGUCUGUUUAGACUUGCUGAGAACCAGUCCAUGGAGAAGCUGCAGGGUGUUGUUGGGAGUACCUUUGUGUUUACUCGUGUCGGUAUUGAGCUUGUCUUGGGAGCCAUUUAUGCUAUUAUGGCACCAUCCAAGUAUCUCGUUUUGGCUAUCCCUGCGCUAUUACACACGGCAGUCUUAAACACCCACGUUAUGACACCCAUGGCUACCGAAGCUCUUAACAGUACCUUGACAGCUCAGAAUUGGACACUGUUGGAGCGCCGCGAGUCGUUGACUGGCUAUGUGUCAGUCAUCGAGAGCCUGGAGAGAGGUUACCGUGUAAUGCGCUGUGAUCAUAGUCUUCUUGGAGGUCAGUGGGUUCAGCUCAAUGGUCGAAGAGUGUCCGAGCCGAUUUACGGUGUUUUCGUCAUGCUCGAAGCUGUCCGUCUUGUUGAGCGGGAGGCUCCCCUGCCUGACAGCGAAGCUAGCGCCCUUGUUAUUGGCCUUGGUAUUGGAACUACCCCUUCUGCCUUUGUUUCUCACGGCAUUGACACUACCGUGGUUGAGAUUGAUCCAGUGGUUUAUGAGUUCGCUCAAAAAUACUUUGAUCUUCGGGAGAACCACCCUGCUGCCGUCGCCGAUGCUGUCUCUUAUACAGCUGACUUGGUGAAGCAAUCCAAGACCUAUGACUACAUUGUUCACGACGUGUUCACUGGUGGUGCUGAGCCUGUUGACCUCUUUACUCUCGAGUUCCUCCAAGGAUUGGGAGACUUGCUGAAGGAUGAUGGAGUCAUUGCUAUUAACUAUGCUGGUGACUUUGGCCUUCCUACACCUCAGCUCAUCUACCGCACCAUCAAGAAGGUUUUCCCCUCCUGCCGUAUCUUCCGUGAGAGCCCACGAGACGAGGCCAACGUCGAGAAGUGGGGAAGCGACUUCACCAACAUGGUCAUCUUCUGCCGCAAGACCCCCGGAGAGGUCACCUUCCGCAAUCCCAAGCAAAAGGAUUUCCUCCGAAGCCAAGUUCGGCAGGCUUUGCUAUUGCCCAAGUAUGAGAUUAAGGAGCAGGUCUUCCUUGAAGAUGAGGCUACGGAUGUCCUCAACAAGAACGAAACGAGCAAGGUUACCAAGUGGCACCAGGACAGCGCUGCUGGACACUGGAAGAUCAUGCGAUCUGUGCUACCUGGAACGAUCUGGGAGCAGUGGUAGACACAUAUCUAUGUUGUAUAUGUUCUGAUUGCACAUAUUUCGUAUCAUUGUGUAUAUUUCUACUUAGAUGCCUUUUUAGGUACAACUUGUUCCUGGAUAUAUCACAUAAUAGACAUUUGAAUUGUCCACUCUAUCGGCCUACUUUUUGGGGUCCCUUGCAGCAUUCAACGCAUACUGUUGAUUGUCCUCAUUGAAAUCCUUGGAGAAUUCGGCAAUGUGGUCUGGCACAUCUACCCUGUUGUAAGGACCAGCCACUGGUUCACCCAUGGUUGCGUGAAUAGGUAAGACACCUGUCCAGACUUGGUCCUUGAUCGACUCAUCCUCCAUGUCCCUUUUGUCAUCACUGGGACCACCGGUAUUGAUCUUGGCACUUCCCGAUGCGAUCUUGACUUUAAGUAUGCCAGUGCUUUGAAGCUCAGCUUUGGUCGGCGGGAGACGGGUGUGUCGCCAACGAUCAGGCACCACACUAUUAGUGAUGAGCUCCAUGGCAUACAUCCUCUCCUCCUCGUCCUCUACAAGGACGGCGUGGCCGAAUAGGACAGUUGAGCGGUAGUUAAAGCUAUGGUGGAAGGAAGACAAAGCCAAAACCAGCCCAUCAACAUGAGAUGCAGCCACACAGACGGGCAUGCCUUUCUCGUCACUAGCACUACGGCCCAAGUUCAUAAUACGGCUUGACACAUAUCCGUGAAGAUAGAGGUCCAGAGGGUCACCAAUAUCUGCGCUAGGCCGGUCAAAUGAGCCCAUCUGGCCGAUCAUUGGGAGGAUGACGGGGAAGGAUUGGGUGGGUGUGUUGAAAGAGACAUGGAGGAUCUGGCAAGUGUUGAUGAUGUGGUGAAUUGUCUUUAGGGCAUAAACACCGCGGUCGUUUUCACGUUUGACGGUGUUGAUGGCCUCUUUGGGAUAUUCGAGAUCGAAUCGACCCAUUGUGAUUGAUGCUAAUACUGAUGCUGUGGAAGAUAGGAAUGAGCUUGGCUGUAAUGAGCGAUGCCUUUAAUUGUGGUGAUUUCUCU